CAAUCCUUUCCCAGGUAAUGUCAUAAAUAAGCCAGGUGGACCCAAUGUUUAUCCAGGAGUGCCUAAAGACUACAUUGGAGAGGAUGUUACACCUGCAGUCUUUCUCAAAGUUUUGACCGGGGAUUCUGAGGGGAUAAAAAAUUUGCUUGGCAGGGAAGGCAAAGUAAUUAAAAGUGGACCAGAUGAUCGUGUAUUUGUCAAUUUUGCAGACCAUGGUGCUCCAGGCAUUCUAGCAUUCCCCAGUGAAAUGCUUCAUGCAGAUGAUCUCAACAAAGCAAUCAAGUCUAUGUACAAGAACAAACAGUACAAGCAAAUGGUGUUCUAUGUUGAAGCUUGUGAAUCAGGAUCUAUGUUUGAUGGCCUUCUGGAAGCUGAUAUUAAUGUCUUUGCAACAACUGCCGCCAAUCCUGAUGAAUCCUCCUAUGCCUGCUACUUUGAUGAGGCCAGAAGCACAUACCUCGGAGAUGUGUACAGUGUUAUGUGGAUGGAGGAUUCUGACAAGGAAAACCUCUCACAAGAGACUCUACAGAAACAGUUCAAAAUUGUGCGAACUGAAACUAAUACAAGUCAUGUCACAGAGUAUGGGGACUUGACAAUGGGAGGUUUAAAAGUAGCUGACUUCCAAGGAAACUUGACAUCCAGGUCACUUAACUUCUUCCCCAUGUUGAAAUAUCACCCAACGGUAGAUGCUGUUCCAUCUGAAGAUGUCUCAAUGCACAUUUUGAAGAAAAAGAUGGAGAAAGCUGUUGGUGUUGAAGGAAUCAAAUACAAGGCUGCUCUUCAGGCUUUGCUGCAGAGAAAACAGGAAACUGUGAAGUUUUUCCAGAAACUUGUGGCUCUUAUGACCAAGUUUGAUUUGUAUGACAUUUUCCUGAGAGCCACCAUCAAAUUCUCGGAUUUCAAGUGUUACAAAGAGAGUCUUAGGCUGAUUCAGGAACUGUGCCCAGGAAUGAAACUUGUGCAGAAUGACUAUGCGCUUAGAAAACUUCGUGUGCUGGCCAACAUGUGUGAAACAGACAUACCCAAAGAACAGAUUUGGGCUGCAAUAGGAAAAGUGGCUUUUGAGUCCUCUAUCUGUGCUGUGACAGCCAUGUAA